AUGGGCAAGAAACCCGCCACCGCUGCCGCGGCGCCUCCCACAAAACGCAGAAAGCUGACGCCCCGCCCGGAGGAAGAGUUCUCAGACGCGGAAGAGAGUCAGCACUCGGGCGAUGCUAACGACACCUUGCACGAGGCAGACUCUGAAGAUGAAGGGUCUGGAAGCGACGCUGGAUCGUCCCCUGAUACAGAGGACGAGAUCGCAGGCGCGAAGAGGACGAAGUCGAAGAAGACCUUGAAGCGCAAACGCCGAGCUACGGACGCCACCCGCUUCGGUGCUACCCUGCAAACACUACUGAGCACCGAUGCACCGUCUGCCCUACCGUUGUCUCUCAAGCCGUCCGUCGCAAGGAAGCGGAAGGAUGAGAAGCUAGAGACGAAGGGAAAGAAGGUACUGGAGGUAGAAAGAAAGGAAAAGGAGGAAAAGGGACACAUCAGGGACGUCAUUGGAGGAUGGGGAGGCGAAGGCGAGCGAGCACUGCGGAAGGUCGCUCAGAGAGGAGUCGUGAAGCUAUUCAACGCCAUACAGCAGUCACAGGCGGCGAGCUCUGUUGCUGCUGAAGAGGUGAAGGCGCACAGAGGGUCAGGAAAGCCCACAUUGCCUGCACCUGUACUCGAUGUACUCGAUAAAAAGAAAACGCCGAAGAAGGGCAAACAGAAGGACAAUGUCAUCGGAAGAGCAAAAGAAUUAUGUAGAGUCGUAGACCUCUGUGACUACGCGCGCAACGAGGGAACGACUGCACGGAGGCGCCAGAACGUGCUUGCUCAUGAGCCUGCCCUAAACGCGCUUUUCCCGCAUAAAUCUCUGCUACCUUUGCUCGCCGUUCUCCCUAUGCCUUCGCAGACUAUCUUCCAAGAAGAAUGGGAGCGGCGUCUGCACGACGUGAAGGUAUCGAAACGUGACUUGAACCGCCUCGUCAUGGAUUACCUCGUCAUCGAGGGUUACAAGACAGCCGCGGAGCAGUUCUCUCGCGAGGCUGGAUUGGACUCGCCGGUGGACUUUGAGAGCAUCGAGAGCAGGACGAACAUCCGUGAGGCGUUGCAGCGAGGAGACGUGAGCGAUGCGAUCACUCGUGUGAAUGAUCUCAACCCAGAGCUUCUAGACACGAAUCCGGCACUCUACUUCCGCCUACAGCAACAGAAGCUCAUCGAGUACAUUAAGCAAGGUCACACAGCAGAGGCGCUCCGAUUCGCUCAGGAGGAACUGGCUCCGAGGGGCGAAGAGAGCCCAGAGUUCCUGUCUGAACUCGAGCGGACCAUGGCGCUUCUGGCGUUCGAGUCGUCCCCGUCGGCUCCUCCAGCGAUCAGCGAGCUUCUAUCACCCGCGCAGAGAAUGAAAACUGCCAGUGAGGUGAACUCCGCGAUUCUCGAGAGCCUAAGCCAGGGCAAGGAGGCGAAACUGGUAGGCCUCCUUCGACUUCUGUGCUGGGGGGAGAACAUGCUCGGCGAGCACGCGGAAUUUCCCAAGCUGGACCUCGGCGAGGGUACAUUCCAGUACGGUGGCAAGUGA